AUGUCGCAGGGGCACAGCCACGGUGGGGGCCGCGGCUGCCGCUGCGCCGCAGAGCACGAGGAGCCGCCAGAGCAGCGCGGCCCGGCCUACGGACUCUACCUGCUCAUCGAUCUGGAGCGCCUGCAGUGCCUCAAUGAGAGCCACGAGGGCAGCGGCCGCGGAGUCUUCAAGCCGUGGGAGGAGCGGGCCGACCGCACCAAGUUUGUAGAAAGUGAUGCUGAUGAAGAGUUGCUGUUUAAUAUUCCGUUUACAGGUAAUGUUAAACUGAAAGGAAUCAUUAUUAUGGGAGAGGACGAUGACUCGCAUCCUUCAGAGAUGAGACUGUUCAAAAACAUUCCACAAAUGUCUUUUGAUGAUACAGACCGAGAACCUGAUCAGACUUUUAGUCUAAAUCGAGACCUCACCGGAGAAUUAGAAUAUGCUACAAAAAUUUCUCGUUUUUCAAAUGUCUAUCAUCUCUCUAUUCAUAUUUCAAAAAACUUUGGUGCUGACACCACAAAGGUGUUUUAUAUUGGACUGAGAGGAGAAUGGACUGAGAUGCCUCGACAUGAGGUGACUAUCUGCAAUUAUGAAGCAUCAGCUAAUCCAGCAGAUCACAAGGUCCAGCAGGUCAUCCCACAGACACACUUCAUUUCUUAAAGGCAAGCUGGGGCUCCCACAGAAGCUUGUGUUCAGUGAUGAUGUCAGACAAUUGUUUUGGAAGGAAAAAGAUGGGGCUUGAGAGAGAAUGGCUUUUGCAGCUUCCCCUGAAGCUUUGUUGCUGGGGGCCUGAAAACUGAGGACACCAAACCAUUGGCAAGAGCUACUGGAUUGUUGAAGACAGUUUGGCACUUUGGGCACUGUAGAAAUUGGGUCUUGAGCCUGUUGGAAAUCUGAAAGUCAUGGAUAACCCUCAAUUUCCCAGUUUGGAUGUGGCUAUGGACUCUCUAAGUGUUUUUAUCCCUUUGUGGCAGGACUUGUGUGUAACCUUUUUAAAAAUCAGUGAUUUACCACUCCUGGGUUGCCUGUAGCAUUCCAAGAUCUUGAGAUUUUGUUCAUGGUGUUUGCCAGUAAGAUCUCCAUCUUGAAACAUCUCUUUUUGCUUGCUCCCUACUGUUUGUGUGAAGUAUUUUGUGUUCGUUGUGGCUAAGCCACUCAGGUCUACCAGGUAGCUGCUACCCCUUCUUGAAGUACCCUGGGAUUGUGGCUAUAAAGCUAAUCUCUUGAUCACAUUUACAGCUUUGCACCCUUUCUU